AUGUCUCAACUAACCCCAAAAAAGCACACAAAGACCCAAUCUGCUUAUCAAUUUGACAACACCGCCACCAACGUGGCAGCGUCGCAAAUGAGAAACGCUUUGAACAAGUUGGUAGACAGCAUCGAAGGUCAAGAGGAACAGAAGAGAUUCGAAGGCGAAAUGGACUCAUUCUUUGCCUUGUUCAGAAGAUACUUAACCGACAAAGUUUCCGACAACUUAUUGGACUGGGAUAAAAUCAAGUCUCCUUCCAAAGACGAAGUCGUGAACUCCAACAGCUUGACCAACGACAACGCCGACAACUUGUCAAAGUUGGCGGUAUUGAAGUUGAAUGGGGGAUUAGGUACCUCCAUGGGAUGUGUGGGUCCAAAGUCUGUCAUUGAGGUCAGAGACGGUAACACCUUUUUAGACUUGACCGUCAGGCAAAUCGAGCAUUUGAACAGAAACUACGACACCGACGUGCCAUUGUUGUUGAUGAACUCGUUCAACACCGAUGCCGACACUGCUAAGAUCAUCAAGAAAUACCAGGGCCAUAGAAUCAGGGUCCGGACUUUCAACCAAUCCAAGUUCCCCAGAAUUUUCAAGGACUCGUUGUUGCCAGUUCCUUCCAGUUUUGAUGAUGCUUUGGACAACUGGUACCCACCUGGACACGGGGACUUGUUUGAGUCAUUGGUGAGUUCAGGGGAAUUGGAUUACUUGCUCAACCAAGGUAAGGAAAUCUUGUUUGUGUCCAAUGGAGACAACUUGGGUGCCACUGUGGACCCCAAAAUCUUGAACCACAUGAUCGACACCAACGCCGAGUUUAUCAUGGAAUUGACCGAUAAGACCAGAGCUGAUGUCAAGGGAGGUACGUUGAUCAACUAUGAUGGCCAGGUGAGACUAUUGGAAAUCGCCCAGGUGCCAAAGGAACAUGUGGAAGAGUUCAAGUCCAUCAAGAAGUUCAAGAACUUCAACACCAACAACUUGUGGAUCAACUUGAAGGCUAUCAAGAGAUUGGUAGAAUCAAACGGUAUCCAAUCGGAGAUCAUUCCUAACCAGAAGAGUAUCUCCAAGGGCUCUAGUGACAUCAAUGUUUUGCAAUUGGAAACCGCUGUUGGUGCCUCCAUUAGAUUCUUCGACAACGCCCAUGGUAUUGUGGUGCCAAGAUCCAGAUUUUUACCCGUCAAGACUUGUUCCGAUUUGUUGUUGGUCAAAUCAGACUUGUUCUACUUGGAACAUGGAGCCUUGAAGUUGGAUCCUAACAGAGACGGGUUUGCUAACCCAUUGAUCAAGUUGGGUUCUCACUUCAAGAAGGUUUCCAACUUCCAGUCGAGAAUUCCUCAUAUGCCCAAGAUUUUGGAACUUGACCAUUUGACCAUCACCGGUAACGUCAACUUGGGGAAAAACGUCUCCUUGAAGGGAACGGUCAUCAUUGUGUGUAAUGAGGGAGACAAGAUUGAUAUUCCAAAUGGAUCUAUUUUGGAGAACGUCGUUGUUACCGGCAGCUUGUCCAUCUUAGAGCAUUAA